CCCACCCACAACGUCGUUGUCCCCGCCCCCCUAGUCCUGUGCGGCGCUCUCCGGUAGGUGACACCGUCCUUCCCUUCGUGUCAAGUGAAGGCCCCGCCCUCCCCCGCUUAUCACGGGGGGCCCCGCCGCGUCUGUACCGUUCACGUUCCUGCAGGAAGAGCGCGGACAGACGUAAAUGGAGCAGGCGAAGGAGGAACGCACGUCAGGGGACAUGGAGAGCGAAGAAGACGCGGAGCUGACGCUAGGAACCAACACCACCUCGGGCACAGAGUCUCCAUCGAGGAGCGGGAGCAUAGACCAUGAUAGUCCGAGGAUGAUAGGGAAGGAGGAGGAGGCCGCAGGGGAUUCAAGCUCAAUAGAUGUCUUGUAUCCAGAUCCAUCAGAUUCAUUUACCGGUGGGCUUUUCCCAGGUUCCACCUCUUUUGACUGGAGUUCCCCAGAUAGUAGUGGAGAGGGGAGAAACCCUGAAGGAGGGCAAGAGAACUGCGAGGAGCGGGCUUCCCGGCCAGGGAACAGUCGCAUUCCUGGAAAAGACCACCGGCGUUACUAUCACAGUCACUGGAGGCUUGAGUAUUUGAUGGACUUCAAUGCACGUUCUCAUAGCAUGAUCUGUAUGGUGUGUGGCAGUUCCCUGGCCACCUUGAAACUCAGCACCAUCAAACGACACAUUCAGCAGAAACACCCCUAUUCCCUCACUUGGACUCCCUGUGAAAAGGAGGUCAUCAUUGGUGGCUGGGAUGCCCAUCUAUGUGUUGAUGCUCAGACCCUUACAGGAGGCGAAGAGCAGGGGGCAGAUGAUAAUACAGUUACACCUGGUCCAAAAAAGAAGCGUCGUCGUCUUCCUCUGGCAUCAAAAGGAUCAUGGCGUCCUCUAGGAUCUGAAGUUUCUCUGCCUCCACCUCCAGACAGAAGCCAAAUAGAACAGUACAUGAAUGAGUCCUUUAAACAAUGGUUACGAUUAGAGUUUUUGAUGGAUUAUGAUUGUCAAGGGGACACAUUGUAUUGUAUGAUGUGUUCAACAGCCUUACCAACUCUUAGUAUUAACGAUAUUAAAAAUCACAUAUUAGACAAUCAUCCCACAUCCAUUUAUUUCAACACUGCACAGAAAGGUAUUAUAGUAGAGUCAUGGAUAAAUCGUAAGGAGGCUCCAGAAGAGAUUGUAGAUGUUGAGGAUGAAAUGGAUGAAGAUGAGGAAGAAGAAGAUGCAGAGGUUGAUCUGACAAAAAAUUAUUUAGACGAAGAGGAUUAUUUGGUAGAGGAAAUGAUUACAGAACCAAGACUGCAAAAAAAUGCAGGGAAAGAAAAUGUCAAUGGAGAAACCAAGGAAAAUGGACAGCAAAAAAAUGUUGAGGCUUUGGAAAAAGAUGGUCUUAAACCUAGCAAUGCUCAACAGUUGAAGAAAACUAAGUUAGGGUCCAGAAAUGUGGAGGAAGAAAAGACUGGAGAAGAAAAAGAAGAAAUUAAUGUUCAAGAGGCAAAGCUCCAAGAUGAGGGCUUGAAAGCUGAAGUAGUGAAGAAGCUAGAGGAGCAAAAAAAGGUUAGAGAGGCACAGCUGGAGAAAGAGAAACAGAAAAGUAAUGAGCCACAACUGUUGAAGGAUGAAAAAUCGACAGCCAGAGAAACAAAUCUCUUAGAAGAGGGGAAGAGGAAGACUAAGGGGGCACAGCUGCUCGUAGAAGAGACGCAUAAAGCUAAAGAGGCACAGGAGAAGGAAGAAAAGCUUAUAAAUAUUGAAGCACCAUUGCUGGAGAAUGAGGAAUUAAAAGCUAAAAAGAUGCAAUCACUUGAGGAAGAACAAUGUAAGGCUGCAGAGGCACAGUUGGAAGAUAAAGUAAAAGUGUCUAACCAUACAGAACUUUCGAAAGCAGUCCAAACACUGUCAAAGGAAAAGCAGUGUGUGCAAGAAAACGUGAAAAUAGGGAGCCAACAGACUGAACCGAUCAUGAGACUUAAAGGACCGGUUCUUGCUUCAGCUGUGGAGACGAUGGUUGGGAAUAUCAAAAAUGAGCAGGAGAAGCAUAAUUGUCCAAAGCUGAUAGACGAGAAGAAACCGUCAACUCCAGAGAAACGUAUAAUUCAGGUUCCACAAGUACAGCAAGCUCCACCAGUGUUGGGAAUUGGAGUUCCCCUGUUAAAAAUGGAAACUCCAGCACCAAUUCUUAUCACACGGGUCUCCGUUCUACCAGAGCAUACAGUGAUUACACCUCCAAAACCAACGCCCUCUACCUCCACUUCUGACGCUUCAAAAAACUAUCGGGUUAUUGCUCCCAAAGUUAUUACAGUUCCAGAAGACCUCCAGACACAAACGCCAUCAUCCUCUGUUAGCACAGAGCCUUCUCUGUGGCCUGCAGGGGUUGACCCUUCCAUAUGGGAGGUUAGUUUGUGGCAAGAUAAUGGUGGUAAUUAUUCCAUUAACAAUUUCCAGGGCCUGGCUUAUCAGAUGCGUUGGCGCUCAGAUUACCUGAUGGACUACAAUGGACUGCGAGGAAGUGUGGUCUGCAUGUACUGUUGCUCCUCACUAACUGUACUGAAAGAUAGUAGCAUAAAAAGACACAUUGUACAGAAGCACCCUCAUACAUCCAACUUCUCUGCUGAGCAAAAGGCAGCUGUCCUCCUUGACUGGGAAAAUAAGCUGGCUGAAGUAAAGAAACUAAUUGCAAAGCAUAACAUGGAAGGAAUUGUUCUAGGAGAUCUAGGAAUACCUCCAUUACAAGUUCCUGAAUGUGAUCCUGUGGAGGACGAGGAGCAGGAAUCUAGCUGGGCUGGAGCAUUGUCAGAAGGGAAAGGUGCUUCUUGGGAAUUUGCUUUUGGCAGACCGCAAGGAAGUGUUCCAAAGGACGUACGCAAGUACCAGCAUGACCGUUGGAAACUAGAAUUCCUAAUGGAUUACACCCCAAGCAAGGAUGGCUUGAUCUGUAUGGUAUGCGGAGUGACAUUAAUAAACCCAAAAACCAGCACUGUGAAGAUGCACAUCCAGCAGAAACAUCCAGAUACCAUUUACUUGAGUGAUCAAGAGAAGGCAGUAGUGAUUGAAGAGUGGGAGCAAAGACUGAGUGCUGGCAAGAAAGGAUCAGGUCACCAAGCCGGAGAUGAUGAAAUCUGUAUCGAAAUAAAAGAAGACUCGACAACCUCCGAAUCUCAUGGGACCAGUUCAGCAACCAGCACUCCACGUACUGAAAUAAUUCUUCCAACCAUCCCCAAGCCUUCUAAGACUACCGCUUCUCUACCUCCACCGUGUAAUAGUGCCAAGCGGAGCUACCAGGUUCGUUGGCGCACCGAAUUCAUGAUGGACUAUGACUGUCGUCGGCAGGGCCUUAUCUGCAUGGUAUGUGGUGGUACACUGGCCACCCUGAAAGUCAGCACAAUUAAGCGCCACAUUGUCCAGGUGCACCCUUACUCUGUAGACUUCACGCCUGAAGAGCGUCAAAGGAUUUUGGAGGCCUACAGCGAAAUGGCCCUACAUUACAUCCAUUCAGAAGAGUGUUUUAAAGCCCAACCCCAGGAGGAAGUGAAAGGCCGUAAAAGAAAAGCGGCUGCAGUGGAGGAUGCAUGAGGUUCCUUUAAAUUAUACUUAAGCAUAGGGGGAACUGUCUAUACCCAGGGCCUACAUAAUGUAUUCCUACAGCUGUGGUGCAUUGCACAUUCAAAUGGUAUUUGUUCAUCCUAUUCAUUCCCAUGUUGAAACUGGCAGAGGUUCGAAUUCCCUCCUCUUCCUCAGAAACGUUUACAGAGACUGCUUUUCGCCCCUUGCUAAAAGACUAACGGCACAUUGCUUAUGAGUUUUGUCUCAGCCACCUCCUUCGAGCAGCCUGUAACUAUGCACCUCUGUUUCAUCUGUGUGACCUACCAUUACUACAUCUACCAACAAAACUGUGUCUUUGUCUUCUGGAGAAAACAAAGGAGCAAUUGCAAUCUUUUUAUAACCCUUAAUUUAAACCGAAAGGCUUAUUGUUUAUUACAACUAUUGUGGUCCUUUGAUGACUUAUUUCAGGUUUUCUGUUAAUCGGAAACAAAUGCUUUUAUUGGCUAAAGAAAAACUAUGAUGGAAAUUACAUUGCAGAAAAAAAGCUGCAUUGCAAGCUGUUUUUAAUUUUUAAUUUAUCGUUUUCAUAUACUUUCCUCACUCAUACAAUUUUUAUUUAUUUUUUUGCUAGACUAGGGAAUGUCACCCCUGUGGAUGUCUUAAGCAUCACAGUUGAUGCCUGGUGCUUAGAUGUAACUAUCCUUUAUGAAGCAGAAAAUAGAGCUAUUGUAUAUAGCACCUGAAUUUCACACGGUUGGGAAAGGGAUUUGUAGUACAUUUUCUUUGCUCAUAUGCCUAAACAAACAAGCUUUCCACAGUAAACUUGCAUUUCAUGGACUGGAUUUCAUACCAAAAAUUUGGUAGCAUACUUGGGGACCUUUUUUUUAUUUUACUUUUCCGAUUAUAUUAUUUGGUUGAGACAAGUGAACUGUACUCAAUAAAUGAAAUGAAGCAAUGUAUUGUAUUCUGUAAAUAAAUCUUGCAUUCUUGUAAA